AUGAGGUUCAACCCCGAGAAGUGCACUUUUGGCGUCCGAGCAGGAAAAUUCCUCGGUUUCUACCUAACCGAAAGAGGAAUCGAGGCGAAUCUAAACAAAUGCAGGGCCUUCUCGGGCUUACCCACUCCGAACUUGAAGAAAUCAAUCCAAACACUAAACGGCAUGCUCACAUCACUAUUCAGGUUUGUGGCCAAAUCCGCUCAACAUGCCCUGCCCCUAUUCAAACUCCUGCGUAAAGAAACCGCCUUCGAGUGGACGGAGGAAUGCGAGUGCGCUCUCUCCCAUCUCAAGCAAGCCCUCUCAAGCCCACCAGUCUUAUCCCGACCCGAAGCUGGAGAGACCUUGUAUCUCUACCUCGCCGUGGCCACCGAGGUCGUGAGUGCAGCCUUAAUACGAGAAACCCCAGAGGGCCAGAGACCCAUUUAUUUCACGAUCAAAGCGCUCCAAGGACCCGAAGUUAGAUACCAACAGAUCGAAAAAGUCAGGCUCGCACUAGUGACUGCAGCAAGAAGACUAAGGCACUACUUCUUGGCCCACACUAUAAUCGUGCGAACCGAGCAACCCAUAAAACAAUUGCUUGCGCGUCCAGACAUGGUCGGGAGAAUGCUCCGCUGGUCGCUAGAACUCGCAGAGUUCGACAUAAAGUACGAGGGAAGAAAGGCCAUCAAAGCACAGGUCUUGGCCGAUUUUGUGGCCGAAAUGGCUUUCCCCGAAACAACAAACAACAAUGCCCGAAGAUGGACCCUAUACGUAGACGGGGCAUCGAGCUCAUCCGGGAGCGGGGUAGGAAUUAUCCUGGAAAACGGGGAAGGGGUCCUCAUAGAAGUGUCCCUCUCUCUCUCAUUCCCAACAUCCAACAAUCAGGCCGAAUACGAGGCUCUGCUCGCCGGAUUGCGCCUUGAAAACGACCUAGAAGCCGAGGAAAUUGAGGUGUUCAGUGACUCCCAACUGGUCGCUUCCCACAUCUCGGGCGAAUAUCAAGUCAAAAGCAAGACCCUCGCCGAGUACUCAACCCUCGUGUGCGGAAGACGGGCCCAAUUUAGGAGCGCCAAAAUAAAACAUAUCCCAAGAGAACACAAUUCUCGAGCGGAUGUCCUGUCAAAGCUAGCCAGCACAAGGAAGAAAGGGGGCAACAAAUCCGUGAUCCAAGAAAUACUACCAAAACCUAGCACUGAACCUUCGCCCGGGCUAGCACUUGUAAACGCAAUCGGAGAUGCAUCCUGCUGGAUGACCCCCGUAUACAACUAUUUAACAAGCGACCUUCUGCCCGCUGAUCUCAAGGAGGCCUCUGUAAUCCGAAGGAGAGCCUGCUCGUACGUCUUGAUCGAAAAUCAUCUCUACAGACGAGGAUUCUCUAUACCUCUCCUUAAAUGCAUCGAAGAGGGCACGGCCCCCCACAUACUCCGAGAUAUACACGAAGGAAUCAACUCCCAGCACCUAGGAGGAAGAUCCCUCGCUCAGAAAGUACUCUGGGCCGGAUACUAUUGGCCCACCAUGCAGCACGACGCCAAAGAAUACGUGAAGAGAUGCGACAAAUGCCAGCGUUUUGGGGACAUGCACCUCGCACCCCCCAACAAACUCAAGUCUUUGUCAUCUCCUUGGCCAUUCGCCCGGUGGGGCAUGGAUCUCCUUGGUCCGUUCGUAACCGGGAGCAAUCAGAACAAAUACCUCAUAGUCGCGGUUGACUACUUCACCAAAUGGAUAUAA